AUGACGUUGUUGCUGGCGUAAGGCUGCAGUUUGAAUUCUCCUACUAAACGAAUGCAGUGGGAAUGGACAAGGAAGACACUCUGCCGGGCAGACAGCACUGUUAACCUCCGAACAUUGUCAGGAUUUGAAGUAAGAACUUCACAGGACGAUUUCUGGCUGUUGGCUUCUCGUUUCAGGCUGGUUCCAAACCCAAAGAGUAUUCUUUAUCUUAGGACAAGAGAGAGGACACAGCAUGCUAUCGUCCCUGAAGACCCUGCUGCUGCUCUCCGUCCUGUGCGCACCGACCUCCAGCCUGUGCCUGCGCCUCUACCGGAGCCGCUCCGACCUCCUCUGCAACGACCACAUGUCUUUGGGAGCUCGAAGUGAAGAGAGCGAGCCGGGCUACUCCCCCGUAGACGCCUGGGCUUCCCUCCUGCAGUCCGCGGAUUAUCUCUCCUCGUCCUCCUCGGCAGAGUCCAGUCGGGAAAAAAGGACUUUAAGUCCCGCAAACUACCGCUUCAUGAGUCGGACGAAGCUCAGAGGGCAGAUGCUUCGCAAUAACAUCAAAACUGACCGAAGGAGUAGACUGACCCUGUCCCUGGACGUCCCGACCAACAUCAUGAACGUCCUCUUUGACGUGGCCAAAGCCAAGAACCUGCGCGCAAAAGCGGCUGAGAACGCGCGGCUCCUGGCGCAUAUUGGACGAAGGAAAUGAGAAAACGCGGACAAACUUUGAUUCUGCACAGAGCAAUGACUAAAUGUAAUAAAUAACGUAUUUUUCAUUGAAUAAAUAACAAUUUGUUUCUCCACAGCAGCGUUAAACGUCCACUCUAACAGGUGAAACCAUGUUAUAAUUGCAAAGACCUCAUGAUGUCUGUGAGUUUGUGAGCAUUUUGUUUGCUGUACAAAUCAAAGCACUGCGAGAAACCGGCCUGUUCUAUAGCAUAAGAAAUCACAUUAAAAGAUGGCUCAAUUUUGUUUUAAAAUGCAUCUUUAAAUUCCUCCAACAUUUGGUCUAAUAUGGUACAUCAGUCAAAAAUUGACCAUUUGAUAUAGAUAUUUACCUCUUAAAUACAGUAAAUUUUUGCUUUUACGAUGAAGACGUUUCAUUGGCUUGAGACGCAUGAAUAAAUUGUGAAUCUUGCAGAUGUGUGAAGUACUGUUUUUAUAUAGUACUACAUAAAGUCACAUGAUUUGCGUGGUAACUGUCUUAAUUCCAGACAAAAUACUAGUCUAUAUAUUUUUUUCUUUGUUCCUAUUUUUUAUUUUAUUUUAUUUUUAUGUUUUUUAGCUUUAGAAUAAAUAUUGAAAUGUGGAGGAUUUUGUCCAUAAAUUUAGUGGUAUUAGGGAGAGCAUAUUUGUGUAUCUUUGCUAAUUUCUUUUUUGUUUUAAUGAUUCCUUUUACUGAAAUUUCACACAAAACAUCACUAACAUUGGCAAAAACAGCUCAUUGACAAUAAAAUACUGUACAAAUCCCCUGCAAAGUUCAUAAAUACAGUAAAAUGCAAAUGCAUGUGAAUGUAUGUUGUCAUCAGAUGUCUCUUAUUUUUCUACUUUCCAAUAAAGGAUUAUUUUUCCUUAAA